GAUUGGUGGAGAUUGAAGUGAAUAACAGAAAUUGAAUAUAGUUGAAAGAAGUAUAGAGAAGAGAAGAAUAAUUUAGUGAGACUGAUAGUGGGUGACGUCGGUUGAGUUUGUUUUACACUAUUGUAGUUUGUAAUCAAUAACUAUAUUUAUGACGGAAAAUGUAUUGCAAAACGGCAUGGAGCCUUUUCAGAAUCCUGAUUGUGUUCCUUUGGAAGACUUGAUAUUAACAAUUAAAACUGGUGGUAUUCCAGAUUUAGUUCCUGCUUUAGAUGAAAAAUGGGUUGAAGAACGAUAUUUUUUGCAUUAUGAAGUUCCAAAUAUUUAUGAUAGUAAUGGGACUGAAAUUUUGGGUGCUAAAGAACAUUGGAUUGAAAUUAUGGGUUACAUGAUCGAUGAUUUAAAAUGGGUUCUCACUAUUCCAUUUUACAGGUUCUGGUCAAAUGUUGUAUUUAAUUCUUCAAUACUAGAUGCAUUGGUAUCUUUCUUGCAAGAAGCUCCACCGUAUUAUGCUUUAGAAAGUUUUCCUAAUGAUUCAGAAAUGCAAAAUACUUUAGAAACACUUCGUCAUUAUGUACUUUUGAUUUUCGCUCGUCUAGUUACCAACAAGGAAAGUCCUACAGAAUAUAUGAUGGUUCCAUACCUUGGAAAAGUAUUGUACGAUCAUUUUAUAUUUACCGUACCUAUUAUUUAUGAUUUAUGCCAAUUGUAUGGUCGUGAAAAUGAGAAAACAGUGUCAAAAAUUUUAAAUAGUUUGUUCACUAUUCAACCAUUGUACAAUGUUGACAUUGAAAAGUCUGUCCCUUAUCUCGUUGAGGCUCUUGGUAACGUAGAAAGAAAAUUUCAAGAACGACCUAGCUAUUUAUUGGAUGAAGCUGUACCACUUUUGAACGAACCACCAAUUGAAAUUACCAAAAUUACUUUGUUCUCGUUGGAGGAUAUGAUACUAUAUGUCUUAGAUAUAUCUUCUACGAUUACUAUAUUUUUAAAAAAUUAUCCACUGGCAAUUAAAAAAUAUCGUAAUGACAAUUUCAUAAACGAGAUAGUUUCUAUAUAUGAAAAUACAAUACCUAAAAUGUAUAAAAAAUUGAAUGAAUUAGCAUACAACGAAGAAAAUUUAACUAAAUUUAUAGAGCUAAGGCAUCGUUUAGAUGUUACUAGAAUAGAAUUAUUACAUCUGUAUCGAACCCUAGUGCAUGAGCCUGUGGAGAAUAUACAUCAGAAACUUGAUACAUUAACGGAAGAUGAAAUAAAAGACCGAGUUGAUGAUUAUUUGAACUUAUUAAGUAAUGCCAUAUCGGAAAAAGAAUUUAUCACAGAUUAUCAUCAAUUUUAUCCAGUAGGAUUGGACUUGGAAGAAUUGUCAAAAAUUUGCCCUGAAUUAGAUACCAUAAAACGUAAUUAUAUAUUGCAAGCAGUUUACGCUGCUAUAGGGGAUUCUCAAAUUUCAUUUAUCUUAUCUUCUAAUAAUAAAAAAGAAUCUAUAGCAGGGCCUAGUAACGUAGAAAUUAAUCAACCAUCGACAUCCAAGAAUAUUUUUGCUGAGAAUGUAACACUCAAACCUGUCCGAAGAUCAUCCAUUGAAAUAGCUUCUCUUAUCAGUGAAGUGAAAGAUAUUUUAAACGACUUAGGAGAAGGUUUUAUUCAGAUGUGCUUGAAACAUUACAACUACGAUACUGCAGCUGUGAUAAAUGCUGUUUUAGAACAAACUUUACCUUCGCAUUUGAGCGAACUAGAUUUUUUCUUACCGUACAUUCCACCAGAUACUGAGGAAGAACCUGCACCCGAAGUAGUAAAUCACGAUAUUAUUUCGGAAAGACUUAACGUAUUUGAUAAUGAUGAGUUUGAUAUUAUGAAUAGAGACGAUAUCGAUAUGUCGAGAAUUCAUAAAGGCAAAAGAAAAGAUAAAUACAGGAAUAUGAAUGAAUUAUUAAAUGAUAAAUCAGAAAUUAGAAAAGUUUCUGAUAUAUAUAGAAAGUACAGUUUGGUUGUUGAUAAUUACGACGAUGAGUACGAUGAUACGUAUGAUAGUCAUGAUGUAAGGGGUACAACGCAAGAUGAUAUUGCAGAAUCUAGAGCUUUUACUACUCCUCGGGUGCUGUUAGCGAAAGAGAAAAAUAUAACAGAAUCAGAAGAUGAGAAUGAAUCUGACAGUGAAAAUGAGAAUAAUUCUAACGGAGUUAACAAUAAAGAUAAUUUUGUACAAAAUCCAGCAGAGUUGCGUGCUAAGGCUGAACAGCGAAGACAGGCUGGACGAGGCAAGAGACCUUCAAACGAUGUUGUCGGUAAACCUAAGGGCCAAGGGCAAGAUAAAGAAGUUACUAUUAACAGAGAUAAGAAAAAUGCGCAUAAAGCUACACGGGCUAAUCACAAUCGUCGUGCAGGUGCUCAAUGGAAACAAAGACACGGAAUGAUACAUUCGUGAAAUAUUUAUCGGAAUAUUUUCUGCCGAUAAAAAAAAAAAACAAAUAUCCAUAUAUUUCCACAAUGUAAAUACUGCCAAAAACGUUUUAGCGCUAACUUUCGUACAAUUAUUUAACUAAAUGAUUUACUUUUUAAGAUACAAUUCCKUACAACUUAUUAUGUAUGUUGUAAACCUUAGCGAGAGAAAAAUUUAUUUGGUUGUAAUAUAGUUUACGAAAAAUGCUUAUAGGCAUCAUCAUCAUCCCUCCCCAAAGCCUUAAGAAUAAUUUUAUGGAUAAAGAUAAUGGAAUUGUUAAAAAUA